GGCGCCGCGAGAUGCGUGAGGGGCUUUGAGGGGUCUUGAGGGGCUUUGAGGGGCUUUGAUGGCCCGUGAGGAGCUCUGAGGUGUCCAGAGGGGCCUUGAGGGGUUUGAAAGGUCAGAGGGGCUUUGAGGGGUCGUGAAGGGACCCUGAGGGGGGUCUCGGGGGCCGCCGCGAUGGUGGAGAAGGAUGAAUCCAGCCCCGGCGGCAUCAGCGAGGAGGAGGCGGCCCAGUACGACCGGCAGAUCCGGCUCUGGGGGCUCGAGGCCCAGAAACGGUUACGGGCGUCGCGGGUGCUGCUGGUGGGGCUGCGUGGGCUGGGGGCCGAGGUGGCCAAAAACCUCAUCCUGGCCGGGGUCAGGGGCCUCACCCUGCUGGACCACCAACAGGUGUCCCCCGAGGACAGCCGAGCCCAGUUCCUGAUCCCGGUGGGCUCCCAGGGCCGGAACCGCGCCGAGGCCUCGCUGGAGCGGGCGCAGAGCCUCAACCCCAUGGUGGAGGUCAAGGCCGACCCCGAGAGCGUGGAGAGCAAACCCCACGAGUUCUUCACGCAGUUCGACGCGGUGUGCCUCACCUGCUGCUCCCGGGAAUCCAUGGUGAGGAUCAACCAGAUCUGCCACAAAAACGGGAUCAAGUUCUUCACCGGCGACGUGUUCGGCUACCACGGCUACAUGUUCGCAGACCUGGGCGACCACGAGUUCGUGGAGGAGAAGCCCAAGGUGGCCAAGGUGAGCACAGGGGUGGAGGAUGGACCCGAGGCCAAACGGGCCCGGCUGGAGCCGGCCGAGACCACCAUGGUCAAAAAGCGCCUGGAAUUCUGCCAGCUGCGGGACGCCCUGGCCGUGGAGUGGCGCGGGGAGAAGGCGACGGCGGCGCUGCGACGCACGGCCCCCGACUACUUCCUGCUCCAAGUGCUGCUGCGGUUCCGCACAGAGACCGGCCGGGAUCCGUGUCCCCGCAGCGGCGCCGAGGACUCGCAGCGGCUGCUCCGGCUCCGCCGGGAGGUGCUGGAGGCGCUGGGGGUGGGCUCGCACCUGCUGCCCGAGCACUUCCACAGCUUCUGCUUCUCGGAGAUGGCC